AUGGCCUCGGAUCUCAGUGUCCCAGGGGCCGGUGUUUUUGGAGAUUUACCCCCUAGUUAUACGCGUUCCCCACCGGCUGUGAACUCAGAUCUUCUACGAAGACCCAGUUACUGCCACGCCGCUUUUGCGUUAAAACAGAUUUCAAAGGGGAAGGCAGUGGGGCAGAAGGCUCCGUUGUGGAUUCGGGCGAGAUUCCAGGCGCUCCUCUUUUCUCUGGGCUGUCACAUCCAGCGACACUGUGGAAAAGUCCUUUUCAUUGGACUGCUUGUGUUUGGUGCCUUGUCUGUGGGUUUGCGGGUUGCCGCCAUCGAAACGGACAUCGAGCGGCUAUGGGUCGAAGCUGGCAGUAGAGUAAGUCGGGAGCUCCGAUACACAAAGGAGAAACAGGGAGAGGAGUCAGUGUUCACCUCACAGAUGCUCAUACAGACACCCAAACAGGAAGGAACCAAUAUUCUUACCCAGGAGGCUCUGUUACUGCACUUGGAUGCUGCGCUAUCAGCCAGCAAAGUCCAGGUGUCUCUUUAUGGAAAAUCAUGGGAUCUUAACAAAAUUUGCUUUAAAUCCGGAGUUCCGAUUAUUGAAAAUGUUAUGAUUGAGAGGAUGAUUGACAAGCUUUUUCCGUGCAUGAUUGUGACUCCACUUGACUGCUUUUGGGAGGGUUCCAAGUUACAAGGAGGAUCUGCCUACCUGCCGGGGAUGCCAGAUAUCCAGUGGAUGAAUUUGGACCCAUUGAAACUGAUGGAGGAGCUGAGCCAGUUUACGUCUCUGGAGGGUUUCAAGGAGAUGCUGGACAAAGCUCAGGUUGGACACGCGUACAUGAAUCGGCCCUGCCUGGACCCCAACGACCCAGACUGUCCCCACAGCGCCCCCAACAAAGACCUGCGUCAGAGUCCAGACAUUGCAGCAGAACUACAGGGCGGUUGCCACGGUUUCUCCAAAAAGUUCAUGCACUGGCAGGAGGAGCUGAUCCUGGGUGAAAGAGUAAAGGAUAGUCAGAGUUCCUUGUUGAGUGCGGAGGCCCUCCAGACAAUGUUUCUCCUAAUGAGUCCCAAACAGCUGUACGAACACUUUAAGGACGACUACGAGAUUCAUGACAUCAACUGGAACGAGGAAAAAGCCACCGCCAUCCUCGAGUCCUGGCAGAGAAAGUUUGUGGAGGUGGUCCACGGGAGCAUUCCUCAGAACUCUUCCUCCAGUAUUCACGCUUUUUCCACAACUACCCUCAAUGACAUCAUGAAGUCUUUCUCCGACGUCAGCGUCAUCCGUGUGGCAGGAGGCUACCUGCUGAUGCUGGCUUACGCUUGCGUGACUAUGCUUCGCUGGGAUUGUGCUAAGUCCCAGGGAGCUGUUGGACUGGCUGGAGUGUUGUUGGUAGCUCUUUCUGUGGCUGCCGGCCUAGGGCUGUGUUCUCUAUUAGGCCUGUCCUUCAACGCUGCCACUACACAGGUGCUGCCAUUCCUGGCCCUCGGGAUCGGAGUGGAUGACAUGUUCCUGCUGGCUCACUCCUUUACAGAGACCGGAUCCAACAUCCCCUUUAAGGAACGGACUGGUGACUGCCUGAGGAGAACUGGCACGAGCGUGGCUCUUACUUCUAUCAACAACAUGAUCGCUUUUUUCAUGGCUGCCUUGGUGCCUAUUCCUGCCCUCCGUGCUUUCUCGCUGCAGGCGGCUAUUGUGGUCGUGUUUAACUUCGCUAUGGUUCUGCUCAUCUUCCCUGCUAUUCUGAGUUUGGAUCUGCACCGUCGUGAAGACAAACGGUUAGAUAUCCUGUGCUGCUUCUACAGCCCCUGCUCCUCACGGGUCAUCCAUAUUCAGCCGCAGGAGUUUUCUGACGCCAACGACAACCACACGCACGCCCCUGCCACUCCUACUUACACUGGCUCCACCAUCACCACCAGCACCCACAUCACCACCACGGUACAGGCCUUCACCCAGUGCGACGCCGCCGGUCAGCACAUCGUCACCAUCCUGCCCCCAACUUCCCAAAUCUCCACCAGCCCUCCGUCUGUUGUUGUCUCCCCUAACACCGCCGACCAGUACGGCUCCCAGCUCUUCACCCCCUCCAGCUCCACCCGAGACCUCCUGGCCCAGGUGGAGGAGCCUAAGGAGGGUCGCGAGUGCGUCCCCCUCCCCUUCUUCCGCUGGAACCUGUCCAGCUUCGCCCGGGAGAAAUACGCUCCGCUCCUGCUCAAACCGGAGACCAAGACCGUGGUUGUGGUGGUGUUCGUGGCUCUCCUUAGCCUUAGCCUCUACGGUACGACCAUGGUUCACGACGGACUCUACCUGACCGACAUCGUCCCCAGAGACACCAAGGAGUACGACUUCAUCUCGGCCCAGUUCAAGUAUUUCUCCUUCUACAACAUGUACCUGGUGACCAUGGAUGGCUUUGACUAUGCCCGCUCACAGCGUGAGCUUCUGCAGCUGCACAACGCUUUCAAUUCGGUCAAAUACGUCGUAAGGGACAGUGAUCAGAAACUUCCCCGCAUGUGGCUCCACUACUUCCAGGACUGGCUUAGAGGACUUCAGGCUACAUUUGAUGCUGAUUGGGCAGCGGGUAGGAUCACUCACGACAGCUACCGUAACGGCACUGAGGAUGGAGCACUGGCCUACAAACUCCUCAUCCAGACCGGCUCUAAGAAGGAACCUUUCAACUACAGCCAGCUGACAUCCCGUCGCCUAGUGGACGACGAGGGCCUGAUUCCUCCGGAGGUUUUCUAUAUCUACCUGACUGUCUGGGUCAGCAACGACCCCCUCGGUUACGCUGCUUCCCAGGCAAACUUUUACCCCCACCCUCGCGAGUGGAUCCACGAUAAAUACGACACCACCGGAGAGAACCUGCGAAUUCCUGCAGCUGAGCCCCUGGAGUUCGCUCAGUUCCCUUUCUACCUGAAUGGGCUCAGACAAGCCUCAGACUUUAUAGAGGGCAUUGAGAGUGUGCGUGCUAUCUGUGAGGAGUUCACACGCAAGGGCAUCUACAAUUACCCCAACGGUUACCCCUUCCUCUUCUGGGAGCAGUACAUUGGCCUUCGUCACUGGUUCCUGCUGUCCGUUAGCGUGGUUCUGGCCUGCACCUUCCUCGUAUGUGCCAUCCUCCUCCUCAACCCAUGGACUGCAGGCGUCAUUGUCUUUGUGUUGGCUAUGAUGACAGUGGAGCUGUUUGGCAUUAUGGGACUUAUUGGCAUCAAGCUGAGCGCUAUACCUGUGGUCAUUCUCAUUGCCUCCGUUGGCAUCGGGGUGGAGUUCACCGUGCAUAUUGCGCUGGGGUUCCUAACUGCGAUCGGGGAUAGAAACACUCGUUCAGCCGUCGCUCUGGAGCACAUGUUUGCCCCUGUGAUCGACGGUGCCAUCUCCACUCUCCUGGGGGUCCUUAUGCUGGCCGGCUCCGAGUUCGACUUCAUCAUGAGGUAUUUCUUCGCGGUGCUGGCCAUUUUGACGAUACUGGGAAUCCUUAAUGGUUUGGUGUUACUGCCUGUUCUGCUGUCCAUCAUCGGCCCGCCCCCCGAGGUCACCCCGGCCAACAACGCCAGUCGUCUGUCCAACCCGUCGCCGGAACCUUUGCCCCCACCCAUGAACCACCACGGCUACUACGCCGGGCAUAAUCCCAGAGGGGUGCGCCAGGCUUUCGCCGAGUCCUCCGAUUCCGAGUACUACUCCGAAACCACCACCACCUCAGGGAUUGGAGAAGAGGAGUACAAAUACUGUAACAGAAACUCCUACAUCAGCCCUCCAGCCCAGCCCCCCACCUCCCACAUUCUCCUGGAGGCCAGCAAAAACCCCAGUUUUCCCAAGCUUACAGUGGUGAAACCUUUCAGUGAUAGCCCAUCUGCGGCCACACAGAAAGAUAACCUGGACGAACCCUCCCAGAACGCGGUGAACUCAGUCAGCUCGCAGAUCACCCGAUGGGACAACAAGCAUGAGUAUCAGGGACCCAGAAGGCAACAUUUACCCAAUGACAGGACCCACUGUUCUGGAAGGACUACUCACUGUGGCCCCAGGCCUCAACAGGGGAGAGGGCCACAGCAAAACAGGACUAAAGCUCCGGCCCACAGUGCUGGAGCGUUACAGCGGGCGAACAAUGCUGUCACCAUGGUUACGGCCACGGCCUCAGUGACAGUAGCAGUGCACCCCAGUUUGCCGGGGUCGUACCGGGGUUACAUGCACAAGGGCUUUGAAGAUAGCGAGUCGGACUCUUUUGAGGAAACUAAGAGAACUUCACAAUGUUAUGAGAAAGCUAAGCGGUCUUCCAAGAGGGAUUCUUUGGAACUCCAAGACCUGGAACCUAUAGAAAAAAACCAGCAUCAAGCUAACCAGGUGCUAGGUGGGUCACGGAUCCAAGCAGCCAAAGAUUGCUAG